GACUGUAUCAUACAAAGUGACAUAUCCUGGUUUGUUAAGGAUUUACAAAUCCAACUUCACACCCCGAGAACCCGGAGCGGAAUAUCAUCUCUUAAAAAAACCCUCUUUUUUUAGGCACCAGAGGACGGCAGCGACACCGUGUAGGAGGAGCCAGCGGCGUGUUUCCGCUAAAACCAGGCCGAGAGAGGUAAUACGGUAAUCUAUGCCGCCGUACUGAGAAUUACACAGAAUAGUGGCGGAACAGUCGCAAGAUACUGCGGGACGCUUUUAAGAGUACACCGUGUUUAAUCACUGGGGAGCUGCGGUUGUCCAUAUCUGGGGAAGAAGAAGGAGUGGCAGCUGGACUGUCAGCAAUGGAAGCCGAGUUUCUGGAAAUCGAUGAAACCGGGAGUUGGGGCGCCGUUUAUCAGGAGAUUCGUCAGCAGUCCUGUGAACUCCCUUGCAAGGUUGCCAAAUUACCUGAAAACAAGAAUCGGAAUCGUUACAGAGAUGUUAGCCCAUUUGACCACAGCAGAAUAUGUCUGCAGCUGGGUACGAAUGACUACAUUAAUGCCAGCCUAAUAACAGUAGAAGAGGCACAGAGGAAAUACAUUCUUACUCAGGGACCCCUUCCAAAUACAUGUGGCAACUUCUGGGAGAUGGUUUGGGAGCAGAGGACCCGCGGUGUGGUGAUGCUGAACCGAGUCAUAGAGAAAGGAUCUGUUAAAUGUGCCCAGUAUUGGCCACAAAGAGAGGAGAAAGAUGCUGUCUUUGAAGAUACCAAUUUCAAGCUCACCCUUGUCUCAGAAGACAUCAAAUCUUACUAUACAGUCCGUCAGCUGGAGUUGGAAAAUCUGUCUACUCAGGAGACUCGUGAAAUUUUACAUUUUCACUACACCACCUGGCCUGACUUUGGGGUACCAGAGUCUCCUGCCUCCUUCCUAAACUUCCUGUUCAAGGUGCGAGAGUCGGGUUGUCUGAAUUCAGACCAGGGUCCAGUGGUGGUGCACUGCAGUGCCGGCAUCGGACGCUCUGGGACCUUUUGUCUUGUGGACACCUGCUUGUUAUUGAUGUCAAUUCGUAAAGACCCGUCUUCAGUGCGCAUUCGUGAUGUACUGCUGGAGAUGCGACGCCAUCGAAUGGGCUUGAUACAGACAGCAGAUCAACUUCGCUUCUCCUACCUUGCCGUGAUUGAAGGUGCCAAGUACAUCAAGGGAGAUACAUCUCUGCAGGAGUCAUGGAAAGCGCUCUCAAAUGAGGAAGAUGAUCCUCCAGAGUUCACCCCCCCUCCUCCUCUUCCUCCUCCUAGAGACCCACAUAACGGCAAAGUUGAGCCAUCCUUUUUCCCCGAAAAUGUUGAGAUCAUCCAACAGAUGGAGAUCCGCAGUCUGGGUUCCUCACAAGAGUCUGAGCUGCGAAAGAGGAACAUUCCUGCCCCUCAGCCGCCUCCUGACGAUGUUGGUAGCCACAUGGAAAUCCAACAUCAUGCCUCCGAAGCUUCAACCAAAUCCCAGCAGCAGCAUGAGACCAAGGAGCAGGAGCUGCCCGAGGCAGUGGAGCAGCCAAAGGAAAACCCUCCUGUGCCGGGGACUUGGUCCCCUCUAGUAACCAACGUGUGCCUGUGCACUGCACUGGCACUCGGUGCUUAUGCCUGCUAUCGAGCCUAUUUCCACUGAUGUCUGUCUUUCCUCCUCCUUUUUGUUCCUCUAUCUCUCCACUGAUGUUGCAAAGUGGACUAGGCUGGCCAAUCAGCCUGAUUUGACUCUGGGUUUACUCUGCGAUUGAGUGGAUUAUUUGGACUUCAGCAGAUUCAUGUUCACUCGUCUAUUUUACAAAUGCAGUGUGAGAGGUUGGCUGGUUGGGAAUAACACCCAAACGUUCUUUCAAUAUGUCAUCUCGGAUGCUCAGGGCCUCAGUUUUUCAGGUGUCACAUCCCAAAUACGUGUGCCGACUUAAACGUAGACUCAACAGAUGAUACAUUUCCCGGUCUGUAGAGGAAACAAAGGGUUUGGUUUUAGCUCCCCUGUUCUGUGAAUCAGGAUGAAUGGCCUAUCAGCCCAUUUUACCUGUGUCUCCUCUCUUUACCAAAUGUGUAUGUGAUCUUCCAUUUCAUCCUUUACUGAGGUGUCCGUUAAGAUUUCACUUUUGUUUGCUGACAUGAAUGGAUAAGAAAUCAUAGAGCCAGAUUUUUUUAUCAGCCUGUCUGAAAAUAUGCCAGUAAGGGAGACAAAUGUUUGUUCUUUUGUUGUGGGUUAAUAUUAAACCCAACAGUAAGGUGAAAUAUAUGAAACUAAGAGGGAAGCAAUCCUGUGCCCACUAGAUAAGAGAUGCAUGCUGGGGUGGUAAUUGAAUUGUUACCUGUCCUCACUAGUGGCCUGUGUAGGGCUGCAGGAGGCAUGCUAGUUGAGUACAUACAGUAAGUGUGUGGUUUUGUGUGUUUGUGUAUGUACAUUUGCACGAGUGGUAGUUAGUGGGGCUUUCUACUGAUGCUUGAGUUAAAUCUACUCCGUGAGAAAUAUUAACAUUUACGUCAAAUGUGAGAUGUAGACUGGGUUUCCUACCAGUAACUGAUUCCCUCUUGAGUUUUCUGUCCCCGUUGGCUCAGCAGUGACACGUCUCUUUGAAAACAAAAUGGUGCAGGGGCAGGGUCACAUGUCUCGUUCUCCAAACGCCAUAUUGACAAUGGAAAAAAUCUUGAUAUCUUGAUUUUUUUAUUUUGUUUUUGGAAGGUUAGAGCACCUGGCUUUUGCUUAGUCACUGUUUGCAAGAACAUCUUAUCAGUCACAUGGGAUAAAAAUGUGUGGAGGCUUUUCCUGCCGAGAGAAUGUGUAACAUAACCUGAAUGCAACUAAUAUAUGUUGUAAAGUAAUUUGUGUUCAGUCAAUGGAGUUGUGCACGAGAAUGCCAGCUUUAUGAAACAUGAAGUAGCUAACACCCAACUCCUUUCGCCAGCAAUACAAAUUAUUGUGUCACCUUUUAUUUUAUCAAACUCUGAGUUUGAACAGGGAACCAGGGAUUUUGAACAAACCAAAAAUCAAACACCAGCACAGGGAUGAAAACAAUACACUGUAGUGAUGAUCUGUUGUACUAUGGCGUGGCCCUGAGCUGGCAAUAUUAAUUUGUAUGAUUUUACUUUUUUUUUAAGCAUGCUGAAUUUGUGAAUCAACAGGUUUGUCCUAAAGAGAUUAGCUAAGCUGCUAGCAUUCAGUUUACCUUCGUGACUCCACAAAGUUCAGUUCGUGAGUCCGACAGCUGUACCUUUCUUUAGAAUGUAUACAUGUAUGUCCUCUCCAAGGAGACGAUCUUAUUAGAUAUAUAUAAUUUUUAUUUUUUUUCAAAUCAGGUUACAGUGUGCUGAGGUGUUUUUUGUUUUUGUGUUGUUGUUUUUUUUGCUUUAGCAAGGGAUUAAGUCUCAGCAACCUGUGGAGCCACUGCAUUAGUUUUUCCUGUUUUUCUAUACUAAUGCUGAGCUCAAAAACAUGUAUUUUUUUAUUUACAUUUGUUUUCCUUUUUAAAUAAAAAAACAAGUCUACUGUUGAUUUACGUCUAUAA